AAACGAAAAAGAAGCCGGAAGCAUUCAGCUGUCAGUUUUGUAACAACAAUCUAGUGCUGGACUUUGCAUGGAGCGAGAGGGACCGGGGCAAGUUCUGCAGAGUAAUUUAAUUCAUCGCUCUGCCGUGAUCGCUGUGUUUAGAGAGCACCAUGGAUCCGUCACAGGCCGAGACAGUGGAUGGUGGUGCUUCGAGUCCCAAACUCGAGCUUUCCCCGGCGAUGCGGGCUAAAAUCGAGAGGAACCGGCAGCGGGCGUUGAUGCUCCGACAAGCCCGUCUUGCGAGUCGUCCUUUGUCCGCUGUGGAGGGCGCAACAGCGGCCAAAGUUUCCAAGACCAUCGACUCCGGAGCUGGGUUCUUUAUCGACGAGGAGGGAAAUAUAGAGGGAGAGCAGACGAUCAAGGUAGUGGUGCAUCAGCCAGCUCCGGUGAUUGAACCAGAGUACCUGAUGUGUGAUGAAUGUCAGAAACCCUUUAUGGACUCGUACCUGAGCAACAGCUUUGACCUGUCUGUGUGCGACAGCUGCAGGGACAAUGAGGAAAAGCACAAGCUGAUCUCCAGGACUGAGGCUAAGCAGCGCUACCUGCUGAAGGACUGUGACCUGGACAAGAGGGAGCCUCCUCUCAGGUUUAUACUGAAGAAAAACCCCCAUAACCCACGUUGGGGAGAUAUGAAGCUCUACCUCCAGCUGCAGGUGGAGAAAAGAUGUAUGGAGGUGUGGGGUUCAGAGGAAGCUCUAGAAGAAGCCAGAGAAACAAGAGAAGAGAACAGAGAGGUGCAGAAACAAAAACGCUUCAACAAGAAGGUCAAAGAGCUACGCAGAGCAGUAAGGAGCAGUAUGUGGACCAAAAACACCACCGCUCACCAGCAUGAGUACGGACCGGAAGAGGUUGUAGAUGAAGAGGAAGACCUCUACAAGAAAACGUGCCUCACUUGUGGACAUGAGCUUAGCUAUGAGAAAAUGUAGAGACACACGUCCACAAACACUGUUAAAGACUGAUGUCUGGUGCUUCGACAGGAACGCAAGUUUCCAAAUUCCUAUUUGUAUUUUUUCCAUUUAUAAUAAAUAGCAAUAAAAUGCUCCACCUAGCUCACCUAAUAGGGGCCAAAAUCACCAUUGUAUUCAACACAUUAGCAGUAAGUUCUUUUUUUAAUGGCUGUUGCACAUCUUAGCUUGAUUGCUGACUCAGUUGUAUUUUUAGCCAUACCUAUGCACAUUGCUUUUCAUUGUUCUGCAUCAUUUAAAAUUUGGCAAGCCAAGGAAAGCAUGAUACUGAAACUUUUUGUGUAAAAUGUUGUGUAAAAAAUUGUAGGUCUUCCUUGUGACAAAUAGAACAUUUUCCAAAGCUGCUGCCUUCUUAGAAAAAGUCAUAUCUUAGGAGGGCAGUUAUGAAAGAAGUCUGCAGCUGUUGCCAGAUGUCUAAGACUAGAAGUUCACAUCACCUGCUGUAGUUUUGUUUUCAUCAUGGCUUUACGCUCAAGGCAUUCUGGGAGUCAGUCCAGUGCCAGUCUGCCAAGAGUAUCAAUUUUCAAUUGAUAAAGACAUUAUCAAAGAGCACUGGUCAGAUGCACCAGUGCACACACUUCAGCCUGGUCUGACCAUUGUGAAUUUUCACAUCUUGGUUUUUAUAAAUGUAAUUUUGUAUUAGCUUUAAGGAAAUGUGUAAAUUUCUUUAUUUGUAACGAUGUAAUUUAAAAAAGUUCUGAAAAUUCUUUAUUUUUAGGUCACUUCUGUUAGCUAGGUCGUCUGUAAUUCUAUUCUACAGAGCAAAGCUGUAGUUCGUGAUCAGUGUGCAGCCACAUCUCAACUACAUUUCAGUGGUAUGUGAAGAGGAUGGGUGGCUUUGGCAAUUCAUGCUUUUGACUUAGUCUUCUACUUCCUCCUAGCACUUUCCUUGGGCUGAAAAGGGGGAAAUUAGAUUCAAGAGCUUUGUCAAUUCAACAGUAUACAGCGUACCAAAAUGCUGUUUCACCCCAAGCCCCCCAUGAUGCAUUUAAGUAUAUAAAUACAUCUCCAAGAGAUAACUAGGAUUUACAAAUAAAUAGCAUGCUACAUUUUUGUUCCCAGGUCCAUUUUGUAGUGGAUUUGUGGAAGGUUUGAAUCCUUUGGUCAGUAUUGUAAGGUGUUUGUAGAGGUGUAUGUGUAUAUCAGUCCUUUAGUGGUAGUGAGUUGAGGGCUCUGACUGCUUGGGGGAAGCAGCUCUUGCAGUGUCUGGUCGUUACGGUUUUGAUGCUGCGAAACAGGCUGCCAGAUGGAGAACGGUGCAUGUGAGAGGUGGAAAGUGUACUUCACUAUACUGUUUGCACGUUAGAGUGUCUGUUUGAAUUACCAGUUCAGAGUGUAGUCAGCCAGACUUGAAUGCUUAAAUUUCAAUAAAUGACAGAUUGCCAACUCAUGUUCAGUUUUAAUAAACUUCAGAGUCACUACCAACUGUAGGAAGCAGGACAUGAUCCUUACAGUUUAGACACUGGUGGUAGUAAAGAUGAAGCAGGUGGGGACGGGAUAAAGGAGAGUGCCACAAAUGUUCGAGAGGCAGAAAUAAAGCACCUGUAAGUGAGGCCAAUUUUCUUGUCAGUCUUCUGCAAGCUAAUGAUUUGCCCAGAGUGACACAGAAUGAAGUUACAGUGCAGGAAAGUAGUAAAGUGAAACUAGCAACCCGAAUUCCAGCAAUGCAGUUGACGUCUAGCCUUUAU